AUGUCUGACAAGCUUACACGUAUUGCCAUUGUCAAUAGCGACAAAUGCAAGCCCAAGAAAUGUCGCCAAGAAUGUAAGAAGUCUUGCCCCGUUGUGCGUACGGGUAAGCUCUGUAUCGAAGUCACCCCGGAAUCCAAGAUCGCCUUCAUUUCCGAGCGCCUUUGUAUCGGUUGUGGUAUCUGUCCAAAAAAAUGCCCGUUCGGUGCGAUCAAUAUCAUCAACUUGCCGACCAACCUGGAAACUCAGGUCACCCACCGUUAUUCCGCCAAUAGCUUCAAACUCCACCGUCUUCCUAUGCCCCGUCCCGGACAGGUCCUCGGUCUUGUUGGAACCAACGGUAUCGGCAAAAGUACCGCUUUGAAGAUUCUCAGCGGCAAGCUGAAACCCAAUCUUGGACGCUAUGAUAACCCCCCAGACUGGGAGGAAAUCCUGAAGUACUUCCGUGGUUCGGAAUUGCAGAACUACUUCACCAAGAUUUUGGAAGACAAUCUGAAGGCUGUUGUGAAGCCUCAGUAUGUCGAUCAGAUUCCGAGGGCCGUGAAAGGCCCGGUUAAGAACGUUCACGAGUUGAUCAAAGCUCGUGCUCAGUUGGACAAUAUGGAGCACAUCCUGGAAACUCUUGAACUCAAGCAGGUUCGCAAUCGUGACAUUGAUCAUCUCUCCGGAGGAGAGCUUCAGCGAUUCGCUAUCGGUUUGGUCUGUGUCCAAAAGGCUGAUGUCUACAUGUUUGAUGAGCCGUCUUCCUAUCUUGAUGUCAAGCAGCGUUUAGCCGCCGCCCGCACCAUUCGAGAGCUUCUGCGAGCCGACGACUACGUCAUUGUUGUUGAGCACGACUUGGCUGUGCUUGACUAUCUUUCUGAUUUUGUCUGCGUGCUUUAUGGAAAACCCGCAGUCUAUGGUGUGGUUACUCUGCCUUCCUCUGUUCGCGAAGGUAUCAAUAUCUUUUUGGAUGGCCACAUUCCGACCGAGAACCUUCGAUUCAGAGAUGAGUCUCUCACUUUCCGUCUUUCCGAGGCUGGCGAUGAUUUCAUUGCCGAUAAGGGCCGUGCUUUCAGCUACCCCAGCAUGGAGAAGACCCUGGGAAAUUUCCACUUGAAAAUCGAUGCCGGCAGAUUUACUGAUUCCGAAAUCGUCGUCAUGAUGGGAGAAAACGGAACUGGCAAGACCACUUUCUGUAAAAUGCUUGCUGGUGCUGAGAAACCCGACAACAACGUCUCGAUCCCUCGCAUGAACAUCAGCAUGAAGCCUCAGAAGAUCACUCCUAAGUUCCAGGGUACUGUUCGCCAGUUGUUCUUCAAGCGUAUCAAGGCUGCUUUCCUGUCUCCUCAAUUCCAGACUGAUGUCUACAAGCCGCUUCGGAUUGACGAUUUCAUUGACCAGGAGGUUCAGAACCUGUCUGGUGGUGAAUUGCAGCGUGUUGCAAUUGUCUUGGCCCUGGGUAUCCCUGCCGAUAUCUACUUGAUUGACGAACCUAGCGCGUAUCUUGACUCCGAGCAACGUAUUAUUGCUGCGAGGGUCAUCAAGCGUUUCAUUAUGCACACCAAGAAGACUGCUUUUAUUGUGGAGCACGAUUUUAUCAUGUCCACCUAUCUGGCCGACCGAGUUAUUGUUUUUGAUGGCAAGCCAUCUGUUGAUGCCCACGCCAACACCCCCGAAUCCUUGGUCACAGGCUGCAACACUUUCUUGAGGAACUUGGAUGUUACCUUCCGUCGGGAUCCCAACAGCUACCGUCCUCGUAUCAACAAGUACGACAGUCAGAUGGACCAGGAACAGAAAUUGAGUGGCAAUUAUUUCUUCUUGGAGGACGAGAGUUGA